AUGGUUGCUUACAAAUUUGAAAUGUGGUAUUUCGAAACUGAGCCACUUUUUAAGGAUCGCCAGUCUACGGCGUCGUCCAACACGCGAAUUAAGGAAUUUGGUCCUUGGUCGGAGCAGUACAGUUCAUCUGGGAAAAGGUAUUUUUAUAACCGUGAAACUGAAGUUUCACAGUGGGAAAAACCUGCAGAAUGGAGGGAGUAUGAGAGGUCACUGAACGAAAGAGCCACAAGUCACAGUCCAAAAUCCUCAUCAUCUGGCGUUCGAGCUAGUGCAGUGAGUGCUCCACGCGUGCAGCAGUUUCCGAGUGCUAGCGUCAAGAAUGAAGAGAGUAAAAUUACUAGGAAAAUUAAAGAGGAGAAGUCUAACGGUGCACCAGCACAAAGUCCAGUUGUACAAGGUCCUGCAGCAAAACGCCCCAAAAUAGAACCCAAGGAAGAAGAAGAAGAAGAAGAUCCUAUAGGUCCAAUUGUUUUUAGCGAAGAAAAGUAUCGUCCAUUUUUAAACAAAGACAUUGUAAAUGCAUCGACGAAAUCACUAGCUGAUGAGCUAAUACAGUCUUCGUGGAUGGCGCAUAAUUUAACCAUGUUGAUUGUGAAUGUAUCUUGCGAUAUUCGUUGCGCUCAAUCUUUGGUAAGAACAGCGGAAAUGAGGUCUAGUCUUCUGGCACAACAACUUUUGUCUAUUUCUGAUCAUCUGCGACAACUUGAGUCAACUUUUAAUCUUCCAAAUCUUCCGCCUACAUCUAGUUUUCCUUGA